UUUGGGCUCUGCCUUCCCGGGCGGGACCGCUGAGCGCGGCCGCGGCCACGACCACCGCCACGGCCACCGCCAAGGCCGAGCUGGUCCCCGGGGAGGGCAAGGGGAGGACGGCGGCGCCCCGGAGCAGCCGCGGCCCUCGCCCACCCAGCACCCCGAGGUGCAGCAGCGAGGCCAGGGACCGGUGAGGAUGAGCACCCUGACUCACCGGGGGAGACGCCCAGAGGGGAGCAAGGCAUUGGAAAAGCGGGUGGAAGGAGAAGAGGCCGGAAGCUGGGCCCAAGGGCCGGGCAGUGGCAAUGAUAUUGACGGCGGUGACUCCAAGGACAUCCGGCUCACCCUCAUGGAGGAGGUGCUGCUCCUGGGCCUGAAGGACAAGGAGGGCUACACAUCUUUCUGGAAUGACUGCAUCUCCUCUGGCCUCCGGGGUGGCAUCCUCAUAGAGCUGGCCUUGCGGGGGCGCAUCCACCUGGAGCCCCCCACCAUGCGAAAAAAAAGGCUCCUGGACAGGAAGGUGCUGCUGAAAUCAGACAGUCCAACAGGAGACGUCUUGCUGGAUGAAACACUCAAACACAUCAAGGUCACGGAGCCGGCAGAGACUGUCCAGACCUGGAUAGAGCUACUGACUGGGGAGACCUGGAACCCUUUCAAGCUGCAGUACCAGCUGCGGAACGUGCGGGAGCGCCUGGCCAAGAACCUGGUGGAGAAGGGCAUCCUGACCACGGAGAAGCAGAACUUCCUGCUGUUCGACAUGACGACGCACCCGGUGAGCAACGCCACGGAGAAGCAGCGGCUCGUGCGCCGCCUGCAGGACAGCGUGCUGGACCGCUGGGUCAACGACCCUCAGCGCAUGGACCGCCGGACGCUGGCCCUGCUGGUCCUGGCCCACGCGGCCGACGUGCUGGAGGGCGCCCUGGCCUCUCUGGCUGACGACCGCUACGACGUGGCUGCCGCCCGGGCCAAGGGGCUAGUGGAGCUGGACCCCGAGGCCGAGGGCCCCAAGCACGGACCCGCCGAGAUGAUCUGGGCUGUCCUGGCCGCGUUCAAUAAGUCCUAGGGGGCGGAUGCCCGACCCCUGCUCCCCCGCAGGGCCCUGCCGAGAGUGAUGGGCAGGGGACAACCAGGGCAGGAGGCCGUGCCGGGGAGAGACGUGUCCUUUGGUCUUUUUGGGAACUGGUUGGUCUUUGUCUUCUUCCUCCUCGAUAGCGUGGUGGGGGGCCCUCAGCCAUGCUCUCUCUGCCCCGUCCAUCCAUCUGUCCAUCCGUUCAGGGCCCAUUGAGCCUGCUCCUCAUCCUCCUCUUCCUCCCCUUCCCCUCCUCCCCAGUCUCCCCCUCCUUCUUCUUUUCUUCCUUCUGUCCUCCAUUUCCCUCCCCUUCUUCAUGCCUUUCUCCCUCCCUCCCCCCUCCCGCCUUUUAUCUCUCAGUCCAUUAGGGGGUCAGUGGAGAGGCUGUGGGGAGGGCGGACCUCGGAUGAAGUCCGAGGUUCUUGUUUUGUUUUUGAGGCACCCGUUCCCUGCUUGUGAAGACCCAGUCAUCCCUGGUCCCUGACCCCCACCCCAGCCUGGCGUGGUGCCGACCUGGGUCCAUUUAUUUUGUGGCGGAGCCUGGUUCUCCCCCAUCUCCUCCUGGCUGUGGGCUUUCCCGGCUCCCCUGCCGCCAGGCCCCACGGAAAGGUCCCUGACCCCCAAAUGGGGAUGAAGCUCGGCCCCCACCCCCCUCCAGAUCUCCGGGCAGCACCCCUCCCCAACCCCCCAGAAAGGUCCACAGAUUUGGGGGAGUCCCCGUUUCCAGCUGGCAGGGAGAGGUCACCAGCACCCGUCUGCAGCGGCAGGGGCUCCCUCCACUUAUCCUGGGAGACCCCAGGCUGCUGAGACUUGGGGUCUUCACAGGACUCCGGCCAGGACCCCAUGGAUGAGGCUGCUGGUCCAGUCUGGCCCCUGGGACGAGGAAUCCAACGAGCCCAGGCCCUGGAAUCCCUGCCCGCCCCCACCCUCACCAGGGGUCUCUCUUCUUUCAGCCCCAAUGACUCUCUUGCCUGGAAAUCUCUUGACUGGAAAUCCGGUUUUCCUAUGGAAAGCUUUUGUCUCUAGCACCAGAUGGGGGGGGGAGGGGCGGGGACUCGUAGGGGACUGAAGGGAGGAGAAGGUUCUGGGUGUGAAUCCGUCCUCCCUCGCCCUCUCCCUUUCCUAAUAAACGGUGAAUUCUAGGCUC